CUGGACAUCCUAUUUGCACACGCCAUUGUCUUUCACCCUCUGGAACUCUGAGGCCGAUACGUAAAGCUUAUUAAAGAUCAGUGAUACUAUCAAGAGCAGUGUGCGGUUUCCUUUUUCCUUCACCCUCUGGAACUCUGAAAUAGACUUCAUCUGUGUUUCUGUGUUCAGGUGAAACUUGUGUAUGUCAACCAUUACUCAGAGACUUGGUUCUAGAGUGUUAGAGACCUGGUUCUAGAGUGUUAGAGACCUGGUUCUACUGUUCCAGAGUAGAUCUCCAGGAAGAGGACCAGGAGGACCAUGCUGAAGAAGGUGCUGCUGGGUAGUCUCGGAGCAGCUCUGGUGCUUACUGCAGGCAUCCUGUUGGGGCACUUCGGCAUCCAGAGGGGCUCCACCACCCCUGACUGGGUAAUGGACGUGACCCAGGAUGUAGACGAGGCUCUCAUCCAGAAGUUUAUCGCAGAGGUGGACAACAUUGCGAUACAGGAGAACCUCAGGGAGCUGACUAAAGUGCCCCACAUGGCGACCUCGCCAGGGGACGAAAAGACGGUUCAGUACAUGUUAAAAAGGUGGCAGGACCCAGACACAGGUCUGGACCAGGCCUAGGAGGAGUACAAGGUCUACCUUGUCCUUCCCAGACCCAACACCCCCAACAAGGUCACCGUGGUGAGCCCGUCUGAUUCUGUCCUGUACACUGCCAGAGAGAAGGAGAAGGCAUAUAGUUCAGACCAGGAGGAUCCUGAGGUGGUUCAGCCCUAUGCAGCCUACGCUCCCGCCGGACACCCAAAGGGGAGACUGGUCUACGCCAAUCAAGGGAAGCCCAGUGACUACUUCCUACUCAACCAGACCUUGGACCUGACAGGGACCAUCGCUAUCACCAGAUAUGGAGGAGAGGGGAGAGCAGGGAAGGCCAUCAAUGCAGCUCCGUACGGAGUGAUCGGGGUGCUGGUCUACACCGACCCGUGGGACAUCAACGAUGGCAAGAUGUCCGACAACGACGAGACGUACCCCUAUUCCUGGUACAUGCCCCCCUCAGGGGUGGAGAGGGGCUCCUUCAACACCCACUAUGGAGACAUGCUGACACCCUACCUGGCCGCUAAAGAUGACACAUACAGAAUACCAGAAAAGAAUAUCACCGGGAUACCGCCAAUCCCGACUCAACCAAUCGGGUUUGAGGAUGCCUACGCCUUAAUCUGUGAGCUGGGAGGAYAGCCCGCCCCAUCCGAAUGGCAGGGAGCAUUCAACUGCACGUAUAAUUUUGGGGGACCAGGAUUCAAACCAACAUCCAACUUCAACAACAGCGAUGUAAAACUGGACAUCUAUAACCGCGAGGAGCUGAAGAAUUCUGCCAAUGUGAUGGGGGUGAUUCGAGGCAGUGUUGAGCCAGACAGGUAUGUGAUCUACGGUAACCACAGAGACAGCUGGGUCCACGGGGCCAUCGACCCCAGCAGUGGAACCUCCGUGAUGCUGGAGGUGACCCGGGUGCUGGGACAGAUGGUCAAGCAGGGGAAAUGGAGGCCACGGAGGUCCAUCAUCUUUGGGAGCUGGGGAGCCGAGGAGUUCGGUCUGAUUGGAUCCACAGAGUACACCGAGGAGUACUAUAGCAAGCUGAGUGAACGUUCUGUCGCCUAUAUCAACGUGGACAUAGCUGUAUUCGCUAACGCUACUCUAAGGGUAUCGGCGUCCCCCUCUGCUCAGAGUGUUAUCCUCAAGGCCUCCAAACAGGUGAAGACACCUGGAUCAGACUCGACAUCCGUCUACGACAACUGGAUUCGCUACUUCAACCGUACUAGUCCCGCCUACGGAGUCAUCCCCAAUGUGGGUUUUCUGACUGGUGCAGGAAGUGAUUACGCUGCCUUCAUCCACUUCCUAGGAAUCACCUCCAUGGAUAUCUCCUACACCUAUGACAGAACCAAAACCAGAGCCAGAAUCUACCCAGCGUACCACACGGCAUACGACACCUUUGACUAUGCCUCCAAGUUCAUCGACCCAGGUGAGUUCACCAGUCACCAGGACGUUGCCAGGACGGGGAACAUCCUGAUGCGAUUGGCUGAUAGCCUUCUGUUUUGCCGAUCACUGCACAAUAUUCUACGGUUGAGAAACACUGUUCUAGAAUAUUCUGUCCCUGCUUCUAUUUCAGAGCCAUUACAGACGGCUGUGAGGAAUUUCCGCUCUGCAGCCGCCAGACUGGACCAGCUGAUCAGAGAUUCAGACUUGGCCAACGAGACGCCCCUGAAGGUGCGUAGGAUCAAUGACCAACUGAUGCUCCUGGAUAGGGCUUUCCUGGACCCUGUGGCGUUCCCUGAUCGAUAUGGAUACAGACAUGUGAUCUGGGCGUCCAGUAAGGCUGGACAGGCUACCUUCCCAGGACUGGCUGAUGCGUAUACCAGAGCUACGUCGACUGGACUGGACAGCGACUGGACAGCAGCACACCGUCAGCUGUCCAUCCUGAUCCAGGCCAUACAGGGAGCCGCUCACACACUGGGAGACGCCAUUUAGAGAGAACAUAGAGAUACUGAUAUAUGUUAUGAUAUACAGUAUACAUAUAUAWUAAUAAAGUUUGAAUUAUAUUAUAUUUCUUUGGAGAAGAGACUGUCUCAUGGAAUGUCAUCCUAUGUYCAGUUGGGCAUUAGAAUUGGAAUUAGAUAGAAUGGAAAAUAACCUUCUUAUGAUGUUAACAUCAGCCAUUUUGGUCAGGGAUUUGGUCAACAAUGGUUUGGCAGUGCUGUGAUAAGAUAUUGUGUAAAAUAAUGAAUUUGAAGAAUGUAUCUUCCCCGUAUGUUUGUUAGCUAGCUAGCCAGACAGUUUUAGAMGAAUGAUUCCAUUAAUUGUUUCAAAUUAACUGCCAAUAUUCCAACAUUCCAUUCAAACAAUGUAGUCAAUCCACAGCCAGACACUGUCUGACAUCAUGAUAGGACUUAGACAAGUUAUAAAUGCAACAAGUACUCAUAUUGUAUCGUAUAAUAGUAUAAAAACACAAACUUGAGACAUUUAUGGUCUCUUUACACAUAUUUUAGAGGCUAUCUAUAGAGAAAAUGUGUAUAAAACCUGUAUAAACUGUAUUUAUAAUUAUAUAACAAUAUUUUAGGUUGACAAUUAUAUUACACCAUUUAUGGUCAAAUGCCUUACUUUUAUUUURCUGCAUAAGUAAAAUCAGAAUUAUACUUCGACAGCCAUUCGUUCCAAUAAGACGGGUUUGGAUUUCUCCCUGACGAAUAUGGCUGCCAUUUUUACUCCAUUCUGGAACUUUGAGGAUUUAUCACAUAGUCUCCACCUCUAGUAAUUUUAUAGGAUCUUUGGGGUCAGCAACAGAUUGCUAUAACAUAAUGAUGUGGUUAGCUGAUYUGUCAAAUGUCUAUCCAGGCGUUGUAAGAUCUGGUAUGCGUCGGCAACGGUUGAGCAGAUUGUGGUUGGCAACCGGUCUGCUUAGGGAGACUAAUGACUAUCAAAUAAUAGCCUAACUUUGUAAAAAGCUCCGUCUACAUAUAUAUUUACUGUUUAAUAAACAAUUAAAUAACAA